CCCACCCUCCCUACAGUCUCUCACGUUCCCGACAGCCCUCGCGCGCGCAAUAUGGCGGCACCCAUAAGGCCAAGGUUCUACUCCCUGUCCCGGGCUCUGGGCUGGUGUUCUCGCCAGAAUUUAGAAGUCUCCUGUCCAGCACGAGUGACCCAGUCCAUCACUGUGAUCCCAGUAAGAACCAAGAAGCGCUAUAUGCCCCGUGCCAAGGAGCCUAAAUUCAGAAGCGAGAAGGAGUUUCGGGAAUAUGCUCGUAAAGCAGGGAUUGUUAUCCCCAAAGAACGUCUUGACCGUCCCAUUUAUGUGACUUGCUCAGCUGGGAUUUUUGAUGCUUACAUUCCUCCUGAGGGGGAUGCUCGCCUAACAUCCCUCUCCAAGGCUGGCCUGAAGCAGAAAGCAGAGAAACUCAAGCAGGGCGUGGCCUCACAGUUGGCAAUUCGGAAAUUGAGAGAAUAUGAUGCUGAUUUCCGAAUCAAGACUUUCCCAGAAAAAGCUCAGCAGAUCUUUGUUGAAGCUCAUCAGUGCCUUAACACCUCUGACCAUGAUCGACUUCAUGCCCUGGCAACUGAGCGCUGCUUCCCGGAAAUGGUGUGGGAUCUCAGACUUAAAACAGUACGUUGGAGCUUUGUGGAAUCUCUGGAACCACCAAGGGUAGUUCAUGUUCGUUGUCCAAAUAUGGUGAACGAGGGCAACUUAUAUGGCCAGGUCACUGUCCGCAUGCACACUCGCCAGACCCUGGCUAUCUAUGACCGCUUUGGGCGGUUGAUGUAUGGACAAGAAGAUGUGCCCAAGGAUGUGUUGGAGUAUGUGGUAUUUGAGAGACACUUAACAAACCCUUACGGGGCCUGGAGAAUGCAUGGCAAAAUUGUCCCUGCCUGGGCGCCUUCCAAAGAGCCCAUCCCCAAGACGGUGAUGAUUCCUGGUCCCAAACUUGAGCCGUGGGAAGAAUAUGAAGAGAUGAAUGUGGACAUUCAGAAGCCUCAGCCAGUUCAGUAGCACAAGUAGGGCAGGUUAGAGAAGUCUAGCAAAUUGAUACUGGAGCAUUUCACCAAGACUCUGAAACCAGGUCCUCCAGAUGUUGUGGCUCCAAGGAUCAAGAAGGAAGCUACCCCUUGGCCACCUUUUCACUUCAAGAAAGAGGGGCAAUUGUUGGAAAUAAAACCCCCUCAGAAUUUCAAAAUUAGUUUUAAUGGGUUCUAUAGUUUCCAAUCAUCCAGAAUGGGUCUUCAAUUUGGAUUGGAAAUGGAAUUUGAAAUGGGAGAUGUAACAGCCAUAGGAAUGGGAGAGUUUGAUAUGAAUGAUGUGAAAUCAACCAAGAUAUCAUGAACCUUUUUUUUUUUCCCCUGUGGCAUUUGGGGUUAAGUGACUUGCCCAGGGUCACAUAGCUAGGAAGUAUUAAGUGUCUGACGCCAGCUUUGAACUCGGGUCCUCCUGACUUCGGGCCUGGUGCUCUAUCCACUGCGUCACCUAGCUGCCCCAUAUUAUAAACCUUUAAAAUAGACUUCUAAACCCCUCAGUCUUCUUCAUCACGUUCCUAAUAAUGAUUUGCAUGCUAGCAAGAACGUAACAUAUAAACACAGAGAACAGGGUUCUAGGCUGGGCUAGUCUUAGGUGGGAAAUCAGUCUAUAAUAUUUCAUUACACACAUCAGUAUCUCUUGACCACAAAAAUCACCAGAAUAUGGUAACAUUCUAAUUGUCCCCUUCCUAUCUCAGGUGUGGGAAAAAGUAAAGAACUAAGCCCAUACAAGGAACCAGCAGAUCUUUACAUUGGGGAUUUUAAUCCUACGGACCCAUUAGUGCCAAAAAGAAUCUCCCAUUCUGCUGUGUUUUUGAACUGUCAGUGUAAUAUCUGAAAUCAUCAUCCUUGACCCACACCUAGCCCUUGGGAGGAAACAGCUUUGAUCUCAGAGUAAAUUUUUCUUCAGCCUAAGGCUGACUCUUAUAUUCAAAAAUGGAUUUAUUUUUCCAGGAAAAGGCCCAAGUCUGUCAUUCCAUGGUGAAGGAAUGACAAUAUGGAGGAGUUUGUCUUGGAGGAAUAAGACUCCCCCUCCUGAGGCAAUUGGGGUUAAGUGACUUGCUCAGAGUCACACAGCUAGGAAAUAUUAAGUAUCUGAGGCCAAAUUUGAACUCAAGUACCCCUGACUUCAGGGCUGGUGCUCUAUCCACAGGAGUCUGACUUUUAACUGGCUUAUACUUGGUUUGGAAAGUUCAUGCAGAGGCUGGAAUUAUUCUAGUAGCCAAGUUCAAGCCUGAAAACUGCCAUAUCAGAAUGAUCUCAUGAAUAGCAUUUUGACUCCCAGACAACUAUGCAGGAAAGCUCUUUGGCUGCAGAAACAAAGGCCCAAUCUGACCUGCCUUCUGAAUAGAAUAGUAUUCUUGCCCAUUUGAUGGCAUCCCCUACAAGUCUCCUGAUAAAGCUUUCCUUUAGCAGAGUCCUUAGCUAUUUUGUUUUGAUAUUUACAGUUUUGUAAGGUUAAUGUAUAUAUGACAUUGAUAGGGAUGGUAACAUCUGAUUUACCUGAUAUAGCAAAAAGAAAGGGAGUUCUAAGAGUAAGGAUGGACCUAAGAAAUAUGAGAGGAUAUAUGAUAAUUUUAAAGGUAGAGAUUCAAGAAACAAAAACAUCUCCUUAAUGAAUAACCAAGUUAUUGGCUCUCUAUGCCUGAGGAAAUUUGUCACAGGUAUUUUUUCAUGGAGAGGGAAUAUCCUUGUCCCAUUCCCCUAGACUUGUAUUACUGAGCCAGGACAUUGGGAGUUUCCUAAAUAUCCAUUUACUUGUCAUUAUCAGGGAGCAGAGGAUAAAUGUAAUUUCAUUUCCCUUUGAUACCAAAUCUGCCAGUGAGUAGAUGGCCCCAGAUGUUAAGGCAAUGCUGAAAGAGCUGAGCAGGAUACCAUCUGUCAUUCCAGCAGAAAAGGGCAUGUUAUCAAAGGAGCAGCCAGACUCACUUUGAGGCUCUCCCAUUCCCCUCUGGCAAAUGUUCUAUCUUUGGCCUACUUCUCUUUACUAAAUGAUCCCCUUUAACUUCAGGACAGAAAUUGUGUAUGAUAGUCAAGAAAAUAUGUUCUUUAUUUUGCUUUAUCAUAGAAGGGGACAGCAACCAACUUUGCUAUUCAGAAACAGACUAUAUCAUAGUAUGAUUUAUGCAGUGAGUCAGCAUAGUAAGUACAAACUGGCCCAGUAUCUAAAGUCUGGACUCGGGCCAAAGUCUAAAGUAACCUGCAGUUUCUAUUUAAGCCCAGAACAAGGGUCAGUACAGGGUGGGUUGAAGCAAUUCAGAAGUAUUUAGGAGAACUUCAGUGAGAAUGAGGUCACCCAGUCCUUGGAAGUGGGUACAAGGUAUUAACCUUUUUCCAUUUUCCUCACUUCCAGAGAAAGAAGACUUUGUUCUGUCAUUAUAGAGAGCCCAGGAUUUGAAAAGGGCAUUUACUUUUUUUUUAAGAAAAAUUAUUUUUUGUCCUUAGAUCACAAUUAUUUCCCAUUUAAGAACACUUAGUACUGAAAAGAGUAUCUUUGUCCAUCUUGUAACCCAUUUGGUGAAAAUCAGUCUUUGUUGCUGUUCAUCCCGUCUAAUUCUUUGUGACUCCUUUGGAGGCUUUCUUGGCAAAGAUACUAGAGUGGGUUGUCAUUUCUUCUUCAGCUCAUUUUAUAGAGGAAACAGAGGCAAAAAGGAUUAAAUGAUUUGCCCAAUAUCACUCACUUGUUAAAUGUCUGAGUUCUAAAUUGAACAGAUCUUGACUCCAGGCCUAGUUUUCUAUCCACUGUACCACAUCGUUGCCCAAGUCAGUUCUAGAGAGAGCUAGAAGCUAGACACCAGGAAGCCUUUCCUUACCUUACUCCCUUUUCAUGUAUUGGGUACCAUUCUUAGGGUUAUUUCCUUAUCCAAGGUGAUACAUCUGUGUAGGAUACACUAUAGCCAGGACUGUGUUAGUCCCAGGGACUUCUGCCUAUUUUACCUUUCCCCUUUCUCCCCCUUUCUUUGCUUUAUCUGCUAGUCCUGAAUUCUUUUAUCUCAUACUGUUUAGAUUAGUGUGGUUCUGAAAAUAACUUCAAGGGAGUAUAGGGCAAACCUAAGAAGGCCCCUAGUGUUCUUAAGACUAGGAUUCUUUUUGUUUUUAUAUACAAAAAGUACUUAGCCUGCCUUGAAAUGGUACUUCUGAAAAAUGAAAGAGCAGUACUUAGUGCUAGCUGUAGCCUGGAUCUCCCUGCCUUUGUAUGCCCUCUUCCUUCUUUGAGCGCAACAGCCUGUUUAUGAUCUGGGGUAAGUGAUUUGGAGUAGUUUCUGCACUGAAAUGAGAAGUGCCCUUUGGUCUCCUUCCUCAUACUACUAACUAGGAAGGAUGUCCCUGAGAUGAGGGAAAGAUAAAGUGUUGAGGGGAAGAAGAGAAACAAUUGUGAUGAAGCAAGCACUUUCCCUUCUAAAGAAGCUUUCAAAGGGAAAAUGCCUUCAAGCCAACGAGGAAGGGAUACCCCAGGAGGUAUGUCUAGUGAAGUGGAGGAAAGAUAUUUUAGGAAGACUGAGCAGGACUUUGUUUUUUUCUUGACCUUUCCCUUGGAGGAGAGAUUGCUAAGCACUGUUGUGAAUGUCUAGGUGAUGAAUUUGCUUCAGUAAUUUUAUAAAGAAAAACCUUUGUUUUCCUUAUCUGUAACAGGCCUGACAUCAGUAUAUCAGUAAGUAAAAAAAAUAAUUAAAAGUCAACUUGACAAGAUCAAUAA